AUGGACGUCUCUUCCGAUCCACCUGUGGCCGGCGGAGAUUAUGUGGUGUCACCUAACGCUACCGUUCUUUCUUCGUUCAAUGUAACGUUCCCGCACACGAUUAUCACUAUGAAGGACAACGUGGCACGUCUCCCUAUUGUCAACUUUGGAAUUUGUGCGGAAGUACUGCCUCGAGGAAUAUGCCUAGCAACACUUGCCUCGGCCAGCGACUACAACCUUUCUGCUUUUAUAGAGGAUACACCGUCACCUCCUAGUCUUGAGUUGGGCACUACCCAAGAUGGCAUAACGAAAAUGAUCACAUCUGAUCUCCCUGCCGAGCAUGUGCACGCGCUUCAUAGCCUUCUUGCGUCGUAUGAAGACAUCAUUGAUCUCCACGACCGACCACUAGGCCAAAUGACCAUCGUAAAGCAUCGGAUUAGCACCGACCAUGCAAAUCCGGCAUAUCGGCGGCCCUAUCGGAUAUCCUCCAUCGAACGCCAUGUGAUCCAGAAAGAAGUCGACAAGAUGCUUGCUCGGAACAUCAUUGAGCCUUCUUCAAGCCCCUGGGCUUCGGCAGUCGUCCUGGUCAAAAAGAAAGAUAACAGCUGGCGUUUCUGUGUCGACUACCAGAAUCUUAACAAGUGCCACCUUCGUUCACAGGCGAUCGUGUCCAAGGCACGUAACGACGCACCAAGGCAAACCAAGGAGAUUCACGAAGACAAUGGAUUCAUGAGCACAGCCAUUGAGAGGGAGCCUUCAGAUAUUGGUGAUGAGCAGAGUCGCGAAGUUGGUGUCGAAGGACCAGCCAAAGCGUGUGGCGAUCCAGGGCACAUUAACACCAAGACGGAGCUUCCAAGUUCCAGUAGUGACCAGUGCGAAGCAACAGCUACGGGCACUACUUUGCAGAUGACGGGUGGUCGAGAAGACAACGAAUGCAUCAGCAAAGGCAGUGUUGGGUUCACCACGAAGCAGGAGCUUUUGAAGCAUGUUCACAGCCACCCAACAAGCACGACGCGCCUGGAGUGUGGGCAGUGUGGUGCUACCUUCAUCAAGGAGGCGUCACUCAUUGAACACCACAAAAUGCACGUGCCCAGUGCUACUGGGGACCACAAGUGUCCUUACUGCACCGAUACCUUCGCACUUCAAUGUGACCUGACUGCGCAUCUGAGGAACCAUAAGGCCGAGCGGCCUUUCGCCUGCGACCUCUGCGGAAAGAGAUUUGUGCAGCACUUUCAGUUGGUCACCCACAGCCGGAAAUGCACAGAGCAGUAG